AUGCCGCCAAAAAGGAGGGUACAUCUUAGCCUUCGGUCUGCAAGAGCGUCCGCUGUGACGGCAAGAAGGGCCCGCGAGUCCCAGGAGCAGACUACAAUGCGACUAUCACAGGCUUUGCACUCACAAGAGGAACGUGCCACCUGUUUGGCUGGGAAAGCUGUCAACAGGGCUUCGUUGCGAUCAAGGCUCAAGAAUGCACAACGGUCGAGAAUGAACGCACAGGCUGCUGUAACCGCCUCAGCAUCUCGGGCUUCCGAGACUCAUCAUCAAAGGCUUCUUCGUAACGUAAGAAACACUGCUGCCACUGCGAAAUCAAGGGCAAUAGAGACACUUGACCGCGGCCGCGCCCGUCAACCCAGGGACGCUGCUGUAACAGCGAGCGCUAGGUCUGUUCGAAAUGCUAGAAAUACUGCCACCACUGCUAGGUCGAUGGCAGCUGAAACAUUCGACCGCAGGCGCGCUCGUCAAUCCAGGGACGCUGCUGCAACAGCGAGCGCUAGGGCUGCUGAGACACCGCUACGUAGGUCUGUUCGAAAUGCUAAGAAUGCUGCCACCACUGCCAGGUCGAGGGCAGCUGAAACAUUUGACCGCAGGCGCGCCCAUCAAUCCGGGGACGCUGCUGCAACAGCUAGGUCGAGGGAAUCCGAGACAGAGUUGCAGCGGGCAACCCGCAAUGCCCGCAAUGCCCGCAACGCUGCAGCGACUUCUGUUGCCAGAAACCCCGAGGGCCCACAGACAAUGUCAAACAGACUUUCAAGGGUUGCUACAAACAUGGCCGCUGUGCGCUUAUCUCAAACUCCCUAA